AUGGCCCCCGACAGAUUCGAAGUAGAUGAUCAGCCCUACACCUACGACGGAACCGAGGGAGUUGUGUACCAUUUCCAGGUGCUGUGUAUGGGGUAUCCGACUUUUCUCCUUACGAUACAGACUCAGACACCGCUUCUGUAUGCUCACAACACUCGGCGAGCACCCUAUCUUCACAAGAUGCACGAGCGUAUUUCGAAGACGUGGGAUGAACAGGAAAGUCGCAGGCUUGACCAUGAGCAUUUUGCAUUGAAGUUGGUCUUGGGACGCAAUUAUGUUGGCCCAGUGGCUUCCCACCUCCGACAUGAUCCCAUGGCUCCACGAAAGCGUGUUCUCGAUAUAGGUACUCAACAGGGAACUUGGGUGCAGGAAAUGGCGUCAGAGUUCCCGCAUGUAGAGUUCGUAAGCCUGGACUUUUCGCCAAUGGCCGCGCAUAUACCCCCGGACGCCAGCUUUGAUAUGGUCCAUGUCGGGAACUACCAGUUUUUGAUUCAGGAGCUAUACCGGGUGCUUCGACCAGGGGGACUGCUUAUAUCUGGGGAAUUUGAAAACGAAACCUAUGGCGCAGAUAAUCCGAACACCCCCUUGGGUGAUGCUUCUCCCAGACUCAGUCGCGCGCUCGCAUUCGUACGCCAAGCUCUAGCUGCACAAGGUGUUACAGUCGAUGCGGGCCGCCAACUUCCAGACAUGCUAAACGACUCUAAACUGUUUCCACCUAUCUCGCAUUCAACCUCCCCCGAUUUCAGUUCCGAGUCGGAUAGUGACGACUCUAGGGGAACUUUCAGCAGCACCGGCACGUGUGAGUCUUGCGUACCAGGACUUUCAACUUCACAUACCAUGGCCAAUCUAACCGACACUGGAUUCGUCGAUGUCACCCCCUCCACAUUUUAUAUCCCAGCUACACCCUGGCCGGACCCUUGCACUCAUCCUCAUUUAUAUGAGGCUGGCUGUCGAGUGGUAAUUGGUAUCCAACAUGGAUGGCCAAGUCUCGUUCCUCUCCUCACGGCUCAUGCUGGACUUUCAACGGAAGAUGCGCGUGACGCUGUGACUGGGGCUGUGGAAGAACGCUUCGUCGAUUUAAGCCUAAAGCACAUCAUGAAAUUUCAUACUGUGUGGGCCUAUAAGGUCCAAGGAACAUUUGCCGAGUAA